AUGUAUAAGGACGUCGAAGAAUAUGACGACAAAAAAAAAGGUGAGGGAAAAAACGAAAAGGUUAUAAUCAGAGUGAAAAGAAAAGUCGAUGAGGUGACCAUUCCGUCAAUUUACGUGAAAAAGUCCAAUAAAAGAGUAUGCAAUGGUGUAUUUUAUAAACACUUCGACACGGUAAUUCCGGAGGUAGAUAUAGACAAAGAAAACGUCGAAUGUGUUAACUUGUUCCGAAAACAUGAACAGUGCCACAACAGUUGCGCUGACUUGUCAUCCCUUAUCGAAAAAAAGAGAAAAUUCAACUCCCUUAAGGGAUAUGAAAAGGAUUUAAAGGAAGCCAUAAAUAAUUUAAAGAGGUACAAAAUAGUGAACGAAAAUAUUCAGUACGUCGAUUUGGAUGCGCAGAAAAAGGAAAUUUACAAAAUUAUCGACGUGAAUUUGUUGCAAGAAUGCGGCUAUCCAAAUGUGGAUGAUGAUGUGGGUGCGAAUGGUGGUGCUGCUCGAAAGGAUGAGACGAAGGAAGAGCGCGAACGGGCGCAAACGGAGCAGGAAUAUGAGUACGAUUUAUACAUUGUAGAUGACCAGAAAAUAGAGAUAAACGAUUAUAUGGACUAUCUGUAUCACAUAAAAAAUAAUAACGUGGAUUCCUCUGAAGUUAUUGUGUUGGAGGAUGUGUAUGGCAACAACUGCAACGAGUAUGACUCGAGGUCUUUUUCCUCGUCCAGUUCCGAUCAUGACACAGUGAAGGAAAUGUCUGAUUACCCCGACGAGAGUUCAAGCAAUGGUAAUGAUUGCAGCAGUGUAUGCAGUGUUGAUAUUUGUAGUGACUCUCCUGUGAGUAGUGACAAUUACGACGGAAGCGUAGGAAGUGACCACCACCACGGGAAUAACCUGCACAGUGACUGCUACGGUGGAAGUUUGGGAAGCGACUAUCACGUCGAGAAUAAUCUGCAUAGCGACUGCUACGAUGAGAAUUCCGUGGACCAGCUUAGCAACUGCAGUGAGGAUAACCCUUUCGGAGCUAAUGUUAAAAAUACUGGCAGUGAUGAAAACCUAUUUGGAAGCAAGCCGUAUGGUAUGAACAAUUGGGGGAGCUACAUAAAGGGGGAGUCACCCCAAGGCGGUUACAAUAACCACAACGGUUACCCCGACCAAACUGGUCUUAGCCACCACAACGGCAGCAGUGGCAACGCCCUCAGUAGGGGCGCCCCCCAAAAGAGCACCCACAAAAAAAACGAAAGAAAAACCCACACACACAGUAAAAAAAUGAACUCCUUAAUCUUUGAAGAGGAAAUAAAGGACGAGUUGGAAAAACGGUUAAAAAAAAAAAAUGAAAAUGUACUAAACGUGACGUUAUCGGAAAGGCUAAAAAUUCUGGAGCAGAUGGAAAACGAGUACUACGAUAAGUAG